GAAACCUAACAUAAGAACCUAAGCAAGCACUAUUUGUAAGCGCACAGCCUGCGACCAGGCGGAUUGAAACAUUUUGGGCGCCUUGUUCGGAGUCAUCGUCGCGCAAUAGAUUUUGAGUGAAAUAGAAGGAAAUGAGCAAAUUAAACGAUAAACACGAGCGGGUGCGGGCACGCGUGCGCGAGGCGUUCAUUCUCUUUGAGCAUAAAGAAGGCUCGCGCCUAGUAGACUUCAAGGAUGUACCAACAGCAGUAAGAGCUUGCGGAGUCAAUCCCACGGCUGUGCAGAUGACCCACAUCCUGGACCAGCUGGCAGCCCUAAACGCGGAGACGGAUGCCACGGGCUACGUGGGCCUGGAGAACUUCGAACUGGUGGUGUGCAACUUCCUCAUCCAGCAAGAGGCCAGCCUGUUCCGGGAUGACUACCACACACUGCUUCGCGCCUUCCGGGCCUUCGACCCAGAUGGCCGCGGCUUCAUCGAUGCGGAGUCCUUCAAGUCUCUGCUGACGGGCAAGGGCGAGGCGCUGAGUGAGGACGAGCUGGCCAAGAUGAUGACGGUGGCGGCGGACGGCGAGGGCAAGAUCUGGUACGAGGACUAUGCGCAGCGGCUUGCCAACGACGGGCGAACCAUUUGAGCAGGCGUGCAGGCUUGGGAGCUGGCGCCGGAUUGAAACGCCGGCGCGGGAGCUAAGCAACUUUGCCUCCGGAAGUGGGCUUGGCGCCGGCGGUGGGCUAUUCGCAUGCAGCGGGCAAUAUACGUCCAGUGAUGGCGAGCCGAGUGCGGGCUGGAAGCGAUCAGGUUGUAGUGUCGGUGGGAGCUGGGUCAAGCCAGAUGGGGCUGAUGCGGCUUUCGGUGAUGAGUGUAUUGAGGCACCCCGUGUCGCACGUCGCUGCAUGCGGGCACGUACCGUACCGUAUGGGUGUGAGCAUGUUUGGAUUCGGUCACUUGGUCCGCUGGGCGCCAUGCGAGGUGACUACCGUAUAUGGGGUUGGCCUGCUGGGCGCGAUACGAGAGGAGGUGCGCCGCGCCGCCGCCUCACCAGCCGCUCCUUGGGACUGGGGGACUGGCACUGGGACUGGCACUGGGACAGGGACUGGGCGGAGCAGCCAGGUGUCAGGCCACCAGCGACAUGUGUGAUGAGGUGGUGGUUGUGGUGGGUGGGUGGGUGGGUGGGAUUAUAUGCCCCAGCCCAACCAAGAAGUCCCAUGACUCCCAUCAUCAUGGGGGUGGGGCAAUGUGCAUGCACGAUGUGCAUGUGGCCGUGGCAAAAAGUGCCUUGAGGAAUGGGAUGGCACACGUGUGUGCGCCACGGUGUCGUGAAUGGCCCUUGAUGUAACUGCUGGAGAAU